CGUGAUCCCAGCUGCUGCUGUCCGUGAAGGCUGCUCUUCUCCCAGAUGCAGUUACGGAGCGGCUCUGCGCUGCAACCGUGAGCUCGACCUGCCUUCCCGAUCGCUGAACGCGUCAAAGGCACGGCAUGGACCCGCCUGGCAGCCGCCUCCUGCCCAGGGACGUGUGGCGCAUCCCCAAGACCCGCGAGAAGGGCUGGUACCUGGCGCUCAUGGCCCCCAACGUCAAGGGCCCCGGAUACUGCUGGCUCGACCCCUCUCGGCUCUACUGCAACCAGCAGGGCCUGCAGGACUGCAUCACCGACCUGCUGCAGCCCUUCUGGGAGGACCCCAUUGACCUGGUGGCCGGCAUUGACGCCAUGGGAUUCAUCCUUGGCGCAGCCAUCGCCAACACCCUGCAGAAGGGCUUCCUGGCCAUCCGCAAAGCCGGGCACCUGUGCGUGGAGACCUACACGCAGCCCUACACCGACUACUCCUCGCGCCAGAAGGUGAUGGAGGUCAGGACCGACGCCAUCACCCCAGGCCUGCGCGUCUUGCUGGUGGAUCAGUGGAUCGAGACGGGGGGCACCAUGCAGGCAGCCAUCCAGCUGGUGGAGCAGCGGGGCGGCAUCGUCGCAGGCGUGGCCGCCAUCUGCAUCGAGGACAGCGAGGGCGGGCGCUGGAUCCAAGCACAGUACAAGUGCUCACACUGCGUCCCCAACCACCUGAUGCCCCAGUUCAACCAGCACCAGCUGGAGUCCUUCAGCACCCUCGGGAUGAGGCACAGCCUGGUAUGACGGCGCCCGGGACCGGGUGCACGGGAGCCUCAGCCUGGAGCACCCAGCUGCUCCCGCCCGGACCCGCCCU